AUGCAAAUGGAUCUAUCGAGUGAUAUAAGGCAAGACUUGUGGCAAAAGGCUAAUUUGGAUUGGUCAGUACACCAAUUUGAUGUAAAGAAUGCUUUUCUACAUGGCGAACUCACGGAGGAAGUGUACAUGGACAUUCCUCCUGGAUAUAAUGACAGGACCUACCCCGGAUUUCCUCGAAAAUCGGGACGGAUCCCGCCUAAUUACCGACAUCACCCUAAUGCCGGGCCCACUUACUAA